AGAAAGCCGAGGCAGCCGCAGAACAAAGCGAAGCGGGGGGGAAGGAAGAAGAAAAGCAAAGGGAAAAACGCACACAAGGUUGAACGAGAAUGACGAAAGACCAAGGAGGAGGAGGAGGAGGAGGUGAAGAAGAAGAAGAAGAAGAUAUAGUUUGUUUGGAUGAAUCGUUCUUUAUCAAUGACGAUUACCAAUUGACGACUUUCACAUUUGGGUCUCAUGUUCUUCAGCUACUCUGCCUUCACUCUGCUUCCACUGAUUUUGAUUUGACAGGGCAACUGGUGUGGCCUGGUGCCACAAUCUUAAACAAUUAUCUCUCUAAUCAUACUGAGAUGCUUCAGGGUUGUUCUGUACUCGAGUUAGGAUCUGGUGUGGGUGUCACUGGGAUUCUUUGCAGCAGAUUCUGUUCAAGAGUCGUGUUGACGGACCACAAUGAUGAAGUUCUCAAGAUCCUUAAUAAGAACAUAGAGAUUCAGUCGUCCUCUGAGAAUCCUUAUCCUUGUGCUGAAUUACAUGCUGAGAAGCUAGACUGGGGGAACUCGGAUCAAGCCAACCAAAUUCUCCAAAAAUCGAAUGGUGGUUUCGAUCUGAUUCUCGGAGCCGAUAUCUAUAUCCUUUUGACUCUGCUCUUUUGCGUUUUCAUAUUCAUGUAUUCGUGCUGCAAUCUCAUAGUGUGCUUUAAGUUUGGGAAAAGAAAACUGUGCAUCCAAAUUUCAAUCCUUGACAGUGGGUUAACGUUUUCAGCAGUCGAGCAUCUGUCCGCUUUUUGACACUGUGGAACAGUUGCUUCGCUUUCAAAGAGGCAAAACCAAGUUCAUAUUGGCUUAUGUGUCCCGAGCUAAAGCGAUGGACUCAUUAGUAAUUAAACAAGCUGCGCAACAUGGAAUGAAGGUGAAGGAAGUAACUGGUACUCGAUCCAUUGUAGGCAACCAUGAAGGAGUCAUCUUUGACAUUUCACUUGAGUAGUGAAGCAAUGAAUCUCUCUCGGUUUUCUAUCUUCGCUUGGGGACAGAUAUCAAGUUUGCAGACGUUGGGAGGUUUCCAGAAGAUUAUGUGCACAAAUCGAGAUUGCUUGUGGCUGAUGAAUGAACUAGCAGGUCGUCUUUAAGGGACUUGAGGGAGCCAGCCACUAGUACUUUUCUAGGCCUAUUAUGCCAUUGUUGGCCUCGAUGGAAGUUCAUCUUCCGAAAUUUUGAUGAUUCUCAUGUUUUGAAAUUGCUUCGUAGAAAUUCAUUUCUACACAUCAAGAUUGGAAACAAGUUGCUUGCCGGUAGUUUUACCAUGCAUGUAUCCUUUUUGUUCACUUUACUUGAGAG